CCUCGCUGCCGCCGCGGGCCCUGGCUCCGUCGCCGCCGCUUCCCCGCCCCUCGCGGCGGGAGGCGGCGCGCGGACUACGCUCCCCGGCGUGCCCCGCGCGGGGCGGCCGCGGCCGAGCCGGGGCGGCGGCGCGCGGGGCGUGCCGGGAGCGGUAGUCCGCGGCGCGGCUCUAACGGUCCCGCUGGUGGUACUCUCCCCCCCCGCCUCCCCUCGGCCUGCCCCCUCCCCCACUCGCUGGCGGCUGCGGGAAGAGACAGGAGCCGCGGAGGAGGAGGAGGAGGAGGAGGAGGAGGAGGAGGAGGAGGAGGGGGAGCGCGCCGCCGCCGACACCGGCAGAGGGGACGUCGCCGCCGCCGCCGCCGCCGCGCGAGCCGCCGCAGUUGCAGAGUUGUGGAAUGCUGUGAGGACUCCACCUGCCCUGCAGCCAUAGGCAGAUCGCUGUCUGCAUCAGCCCCAUCAGAAGGACGUUCAUCUACAAGAGAGUUCCCCGUCUUCCACGAUGAACCCUGUUUACAGCCCCGUUCAACCUGGGGCUCCCUACGGAAACCCCAAGAACAUGGCGUAUACAGGUUAUCCGACGGGAUACCCCACUGCUGCCCCAGCCUACAACCCAAACAUGUAUCCAACCAGCAGCCCUGGCUAUGCCCCAGCCACACUUCUGAUGAAGCAGGCCUGGCCGCAGACGUCCUCCUCCUGUGCCACCGAGGGCACCUUCCACCUCCCCGUGGACACUGGGACCGAGAACAGAACUUACCAAGCUUCUUCUGCAGCAUUCAGGUACACCGCGGGGACCCCCUACAAGGUCCCACCGACCCAGAGCAACAACGCGCCUCCGCCCUACUCGCCGUCCCCGAAUCCGUACCAGACGGCCAUGUACCCCAUCAGAAGUGCCUACCCCCAGCAGAACCUGUACACCCAGGGCGCUUACUACACCCAGCCCGUGUACGCGGCCCAGCCCCACGUCAUCCAUCACACCACCGUGGUGCAGCCCAACAGCAUCCCGUCGGCCAUCUACCCGGCCCCUGUCGCCGCGCCCCGCACCAACGGCGUGGCCAUGGGCAUGGUCGCCGGCACCACCAUGGCCAUGUCGGCAGGGACGCUGCUGACCACGCCGCAGCACACGGCCCUGGGCGCCCACCCCGUGUCCGUGCCCACGUACCGGGCGCAGGGCACCCCCGCCUACAGCUACGUGCCGCCCCACUGGUAAAGCCGCCGGCCCCCCACACCCGCCCCCCCGGCACCCCCCCAGCCCGGCCCCAAGGCAAACGCCCCCCCGCCGGCGACAGAGCCCCAGGGGCACUUUAUGCAUCCUUUAGUGGGUUUUGUAAAAGCUGCUUUUUUUCUAAUCUCCUGCUUUUUUUUUUUUUGCCCCCCCCUUCCGGAGCGUGCAACACCCCUACGGACACGGAGCGAUAGCGAAGGUCCCGCUCCGGUGGGUUUGCAGCCCGGCGCACCGUUGCUCCCUGUCCGUUCGGGUCCUUGGCCGAUUUAGGGACUUUUCCAUCAUUUUCCCCCCGCCUCCUCGGUGUCGGCAGCAAGCGGCUGGGUCUCGCCGGGCUCAGCCGAGCGGUUCCCGCGGGAAAAACGCGCCCGCCGGCUGCCCCGAGGCCGGACGCACUUCGUUACACUGAUGGUAAAUUAUUUAAUCUUCCAUAAUAGGUCACCGGGGGGGGGGGGGUUUGCGGGAAAAAAAGUGGUGUCUUCCAGCUGGCUGCGGUGGGCGAGACUUAAUGCAGCCUCUGCCGGGACCCGGCUUGGGGAGCAGGAUGCGGCCGCGGCGGCGGGACCCCCCCGGCGCGGGGGCAGCGCGGCAGGGCGAAGCCAUAGCAAUAAAUAGCGUCGCCUCCCGCGCCGGGGUUAAUGCUGUUUUUUUUUUCCCUUUUUAACCCCCUAAAAGGAGGGGAAAAAGGGGAAAAGAAAAGCUGGGGUGGGUUUUUUUUUCCCCUCCGGCGGGUCCGAAGCAUCGCGGCCGGCGGCACCGCAGCGGCUCGGGCGAGCGUCGCGCUUUCUCGCCAAGGAAAAGGAGGAAAAUAACAACCAAAAAAGAAAAAAACACCCCCAAAAAGUGGAUAAGCGCGUGGGGUUGCCCCCCCACGCCGGCUCAGCGGCUUUAAGACCUGCACCGUAAAGCCAGGCUUGCGAAGGGGGGAAAAAAACCCAAAUUAAAAUAUGUUUUACGAGUCCCGGAGGCGCCGCGCCGCCCAGCGGCUGAGCCCCCGCCGUCCCCAGCGGGGGAACAACCCCUAAAACCUAUUUUUUUGGCGGUUCCCAGCUGUGAUUUAAGUGCUUUUUAAUUUUUUUUCCCUUUUUUUUUUAACCCACAAAGUGUUAUUUAAGUUUCGGGGGGGGUCGAGGAGGGUUGUUCGGCUGUGCUGACCCGGCGGGAGAGCAACGCCAGCCGGCGGCUAUGGGCAAAUCCAGUUUUUUGGGAAUAUUUUUUUUCCAUCAAAAAAAAAAAAAUUGCAAAAUGUUCAGUGCGCGCUUCGCUGUGCCCCCCGCUUUUUUUUUCCCCCCCG